AUGGAUUCAUCAGAAAUGGCUGUUGAUGUUGAAAUGACUACUGUUAGUAGCAGCAAUGAAAAUGAAAUGUCUGAAAAAGAAUCAAAAAUACUUCAAGCUCAAUUAUCAGCAUAUCAAUUUGACAAGGAUUUACUUCAAUGUGAAAUUGAGAAAUUACAAGAGAAGUCAUUAAAUGCAGAGUUGCAAUAUAAACAAAUUAUUUCUACUUGUUGUAAAAUUAAUCUUGAUAAAGUGGAUGAUUUUGUGGAAACUAUACUGGGAGAAGUUGACAAUGAUCUUGAAGAUGAGUUUAGUUUGGGAAGAAUAGGAGAAAUAUUAGGUAGAUUGGACAAAGAAGCUUUGCAAUUAUAG